CAUAAUCCCGAUGUUCUUUGGCUGAAAACGACGGAGAUAGCACAGUUGUUUAAUGGUAUCUGUCAUGCGUGGGAGGGUUCCAAGUGGCCUGGAACCAUUGCAGACCUUGUUCGCAAGCGGAAGUGUGUAUCCACUUAAAUUGAGAAGGUGCGCUGAUUUAAAAUUCGUAAAAUGUGGAUCAUUGUUGCAAUCAUUUGUGCUGUUCUAGCUGCAUUCGUAUACAACUAUGUGUUCCGUACGUCCGGACCAAAUCCUUUUGAUAUCGACACUCGUGAGCCGCUUAAACCACUGGUCACUCAAAAGAAGGAGAAGAACAAAGUUCUGAAGCAGGGUUUCUUGGCCAGUAAAGUACCUGAGAAACUAGAUGCCAUUGUCAUUGGUAGUGGAAUUGGUGGUCUUGGGCUGGCGGUGCUGCUGGCUAAGGUUGGAAAGCGGGUCCUGGUUCUGGAGCAGCAUGAUCGGGCCGGAGGCUGCUGCCACACCUUUACAGAGAAAGGCUUUGAGUUUGACGUGGGUAUCCACUACAUUGGGGAUCUGUUGGAGCAUAAGCCCUUCCGCUGUAUGCUUGACCAGCUGACCAAUGGUCAGCUGCAGUGGGAGCCGCUGGACAACCCCUUUGACCAGGUGGUGCUGGGCCCUCCUGAGAACAGGCGCACCUACCCCAUCUACAGUGGCAGGAACCGUUUCCCCGACGAGCUGAAGAAGUUCUUCCCUGGGGAGGAGGCGGCCAUCGAUGAGUACAUGAGGCUGGUCAAGAAAGCAGGAAGUAGCGUUUGGUUCCUGUGUCUGCUGAAGCUCGUUCCUGUCCCCCUGGCCAAGUUCCUGGUGUACACAGGCCUCGCCAAUCGUCUGUCAUUCUUCUUCCGCAUGGCGUCUCGCAGCGUGACUGAGGUGGUCAACGAACUGACUGAGAACAAUGACCUCAGGGCCGUCUUCAGCUACAGCUUUGGCACUUACGGUAACAUGCCCAAGGAUGGCAGCUUCUCCAUGCAUAGCCUACUGGUCUGCCACUACCUGACUGGCGCCUGGUACCCAAUAGGAGGAGCCAGUGAGAUCGCCUACCACAUGAUCCCUAUCAUUGAGAAAGCCGGGGGGGCCGUGCUCGUCCGCGCCCCAGUCAACCGCAUCCUGUUCAACGACAACAAGGAGGCUAUCGGUGUGAGCGUGAUGAAGGGUCAGGAGGAGAUUCAUGUGCAUGCUCCAAUGGUCAUCUCCAACGCCGGCAUCUUCAACACCUACCAGAAGCUGCUGCCCAAGGAACUCCAGGCCAUGCCAGCCAUCCAGAAGCAGCUUGGUUUGAUGAAAAACGGGGCAGGAGGUCUGAGCAUCUUCCUGGGCCUGACUGGAACCAAGGAGGACCUGGGCCUCAAAGCAGAAAACUACUGGAUCUUCACAGAGCACAACCUGGAUGAACUGGUUGUCACCUAUCUGAAGGGAAACCGGGAGGAGUCAGCGAGAAGUGUGCCCCUCCUCUUUGUGGCCUCUCCAUCAGCCAAAGAUCCCACCUGGGAGGAACGAUCACCAGGCAAGUCCACCCUGAGUCUGGUGAGCUUUGCUAACUAUGAGUGGUUUGAGGAGUGGAAGGAUGACAAGGUGACCAACAGAGGGACUGAUUACAAUGAGCUGAAGCAGAUCUUCUGUGACUCGAUUCUGGAGGUGGUGUUGAGCGUCUUCCCCAAGAUUACCAGGGACAAGGUUGAGUUCAUCGAGGCUGGAACACCCAUAACAAACACGCACUACAUUGGAGCCCCUAAAGGGGAGAUCUACGGAGCAGACCAUGGCACAGCUCGUUUCAGCGCUGAGUGCAGUGCCACCGUGAGGCCCCAGACACCCCUGAAGAACCUCUACCUCACAGGUCAGGACGUGUUUGUGUGUGGCUUUGCUGGUGCGCUGGCUGGGGCUCUCACCUGUGGUUCUGUCAUCCUCAACCGUAACCUGCACCUGGAUGCCAUUGCUCUGGCCAAGAAGACCAAGCGCGCCAACACUAAGAAGUUGGAGUAACACAAGACUGACCACCUCCCUCAACCCGUUGUGGCUUCGGGUGAAGUUUCCCUUAGGUACAGAUCUAGGAUAAACUUCCCCUCCCCCAAUCCACAUUAAUGGGGAAAAUGCUUAACUGACCCAAGAUUCCUUCACCAAUUUGUAAGUCGCUCUGGAUAAGAGCGUCUGCUAAAUGACUUAAAUGUAAGAUCACCAUCUAGGGGCAACUUCACCCAGCUCACUGAAAGCUUUAAUAACACAAGUCCAGGGGACAGGCUUCGAUCUCUGGUCCUACAGUCAACGUGGUGAAAAGAUCCCUCAAGACGGUUACUGUGUGUUUGAG